AUGAUCUUAACAAAUAUAUCAUUAGCAUCUAAUAUGAAUAUUGAAAUGAGUGAUAUUCUGAAUCCACCGCAAAUGCAACUAUUAAAAGCAUACAAAAACAUUUACAAUUAUGAAACAUCUUUGUCUUUCUUUUUAUCAUUAGGCAUGAUGUCUCAUUUCUCCCAGAAUUCUUAUUACACUUAUUUCAGUUCUUCCGAUCCAUGUCCUGUCCAAUUGUAUUUAUGGUUGUUGGGGCCAAGUGAUGUAGUGAUGCCUCAUGGAGUUUUGCAGUACUUUGGAAUCCUACGGAAUUCUUUAAAGUUUCAAAGCAGUGGUAAAACUUAUGCGUUUAAACAAGUGGAUAAAGCAAUCAGCAAAACAGAGAAACUUUUUCCACUUACAUAUUUGAAACCUGUCAUCGUAAAUGGUGCACCAACAGAAACAAACAUGUCAUCAAUUGUAACGCAUACCAAUCAUAUUGGGUUACGUAAUCAUUUAUCGUCUAAUAGUAAAAUAUUGUUAAAUGAUGAUGCUGAUGUUAUCGCCGAGCAAUACGGAAUCUACAAUGUGAAUGAUCCGACCAAAGAACACGAUAGGAACUUAUUAUUAGUUGGACAUGAUGGAUUUGAUAAUUCACUAAGAACUACUGGAUCAACAUGUGUUGAAAUUAAAGAUAAACGCUUAACAAUCUUGAUUGCUACAACAGGUGGUAAAUUAAUGAAAAAUAUGAGAAAUUGGUUAAAUUGCACCGGUUUUGAUGGAUCUCACAAUCGGUUUCUUUACAUGUGCAUACCUAAGGUCUUGUGUUCAAGACCUCAACAUUUUCAAAUCAAUAAUGAUCUGAAGAAGAGUCCAUCUUUUACUCACUUAUGUGUGAUUUCGCAUCUCUUUGGGUCAGUCAGAUAUGUGUUUGAGAUGUCGGAAGCGGAGCGAAUGAAAUUUGCGGGUGUAACAUCCAAUCAAGUACCAUCAUCACAAAAUAUUGACGAUCAAACACAAGCACCCAGCUCCGCUAUGUUUACCAUUUGGAAUCUUAUUGCUGAUUUAGUCGACAAUCACAAUAUGAAACAAAAUCAGCAACAACAAAUAACGGACUUUUAUGCCAAGGCGAAAGCAAUAGUUCCUCGCUUGGCUUGCUUAGUUCAAUUAUUUUUAAAUUGUAUGCAUAUACUUGAGCAGGUGAAAGAUUUUGUUGCUUUUAGUGAAGGUGACAACCCGAAUUCUUUCAUUAACGAAAGUUUUAUAAGAACUGUCGAAGAAAUUAUUAAAAAGGAUUAUUACAAGUACGAUAAAACUUACCUGUUAAGCAUGGAAGAUGAAAAAGUAGUAACAGAUCCAAUGAUUAUUGUUAGUAAAGAUGCAGUAUUAAUUGGAUGGGAAUUGUAUGAAUAUUAUCUUCGAAUUGUUACAAAACUAUUCACGAUUGAUUACACUUCUCCAACUAAUUUGAUUUCAUUACCACCUUCCGUUUCAGCUCGACAAAAGUCACUUAAAGAAUUGAUAAUGUACCUGGACUUUAACAUAUUUCCGACAUCAGCGAUAAGUGUGAAGCAUCCUAUCACCGGCGAAACUGGAAUUAUCAAAAAUAGACCAGCUUUGGGAGAACGUGCGAUUAACGAGCUGAUGCAAGAUAAUUUAUUGAAAUACAAUUACUUUUUGACCAAUAUUCGAGGACACAAUGUCAAAGCGUAUAUGAAAAUACCACCACCAUCAACAAAUGAUCCAAUGCGAAAAGAAUUCGUUGCUAAGAUGUUGAAACAUGGUAUAAACAUCGAUGAAUAUUGUACGAUAUACGAAAAGUGUUCCAUUCCACCGAAUAAUAGUCUUUCCAAGAUGACAUUAAAAAUCUUUGCAGGUAGUUCAUGUUUAGUUAAUCAAUAUGCGAAGUAUCGAGAUGCAUUGACCAAUAUAAUACAAAGUCAUAUUGCUAAUUCGAUUAUUCAUGAAGUCGGUACUGGAAGUUUUAUUGUCCAAGAUCCAGAUGCAUUUGAUGUUCAAUUUCAUGAUAUUGAGAAUUGGACUGUAGGUACUUGUACGCAGCAAACAAAUAAUCGAAAUCAACCAACUACAACGGCAUUUUGUGCACCAGCAUCUAAAGCAACAGGUCAAACUAUAACACCAAUUCAAGUUAACAUACACCAGAAUAUUGUUGCAGAGAGUUCCGUGCCACAGCAUGAUUGUUACAUUGAGGCAUUGAGUAGUCAACCCGAUAUACCUAUGACUCAAGAAUCUGCACUUGAAAAUAAUCAUUCUUCAGAAAGGAUUGAUAAUUUAUCAGCAAUGUCUUUUGAACAAAUUGAUAAUAUUGAAUCCAACAGUUCACAUACAUUAACAUCACCAACAGUUAAAGAAAUUACAAAUACUUGCGAUGCCAAACAUGAGCUUGCAGUGAAAAAAGUCAUGAAAAAUAUAAUGACUUGGAAAUCUGUCGUAUAUACGAAAACUGAUCUUACUCAAAUUUGUAACAAACCACAACUGAGGUUGGAUGCAGUAAAACGUUUGAUUGAUUCAAAGCUACUGACAUAUGGAGAUCAGUUCUGGAUUGAACCAAGUCGUUCAAAAAAAGUAUCAGAGAAAAACAAAAAACCUAUAUUGAGAGAAGGAUGGAUUAAAAGUGCUCCAUUGACCAACACUGAUGCAGCUAGACUUGAAUUCAUCCAAUUGUUACAGAAAGAGGUUAACCUAACGUAUGAAGAAUAUCUCAAAUGCUUUUAUCCUCACCAACAAGACAAUGUUUUUACCGCUAAUAAUUGGACUUUGUCAGAAACGUUUAUUGAGAAGAUGGGAUCAAAUUUCUUCUAUAAGGAACAUGUACGAUGGAAUAAAGAACAAUUUCGUCCAUGUGAUAUGAUAAUUGACGAGAGAAAUAUUGAAAGUGGGGUGUCAACAUCGAUUCCACAACGUUCACCAAUAAAAGACUAUACAGAAAAGACAACAAAUAACAACACAAAAGAUGCUGAAAAACAAAAUCAACACGCCGAGGAGAAUGAAGUAAUACAUACUAGAUCACAACUACAUCGUCGUAAAAGGCAGGCCGAAACUGAUGAAAACUAUGGUGUACAUCCGCAAACACGAACGCAAACUAAGAAAUUAAGAAAAAAUUAA